AUGUCAGUGAAUGAUCGAGAAUUCCUAAAAAUUAUGGACAAUGAAUGUUACAGAGAUGAGAACGGAAACUGGACUGCUCCGCUUCCAUUUAAGACCAGUAGAGAGAAACUUCCGAAUAAUCGUGAACAAGCCAUGAAAAGAACUCUGUCAUUUCUAGCUUCUUGUAAAAAGAACAAGUUGAAAAUGGAACAUGCAAUCUCGUUUAUGGACAAAGUGUUUUCUAAAGGCCAUGCAGAAAAAGCAUCAGAGCUUAAGGACGGGGAAGAGUGUUGGUUCCUACCGAUCUUCGGCGUCUACCACGCAAAGAAGCAAAACCAAAUACGUAUGGUUUUCGAUUCAUCUGCAGUAUUUCAGGGACACUCCCUGAAUUCAGUUCUUUUAAGUGGACCCGACCUUACCAACAGUUUACAUGGGAUUCUACUAAGAUUUAGAAAAGAGAAAGUAGCUGUGACAGGUGAUAUUGAACAAAUGUUUCACUCAUUCAAAAUUCGAGAGGAUCACAGAAACUUUGUACGAUUUAUUUGGUUCACAGACAAUGACCCAGCUCUACCUUUAAUGGAAUACCGUAUGUGUGCUCACCUAUUUGGAAACUCACCUUCUCCAGCAGUAGCAACGUAUUGUUUGAGACAAUGUGUUAAGAUCAAGGAGUGUGACCCAAAAGUUCGUGAAUUUGUUAACAGAAACUUCUAUGUAGACGAUGGUCUCGCAUCUUACCCAACGGAAGAUGAAGCAUUAGAAAUCCUACAAAAAACGCAGACUACACUCAAAGAAGAAGGGAACUUGAGGUUUCAUAAGUUUGCAUCAAACAGCUCGUAUAUCAUGGAUGUACUACCUCCAGGCGACAGGGCUAAAGAUUUAUCUGACGUGGAUUUACACUUAAAUGCUGCGCCAUUACAACGGAGUCUGGGACUCAAGUGGAAUGUAAUGUCCGACGCAUUCACCUAUCAGUUUGUACCCAGGGUCAGGGACCCUCCGCUAACAAAGAGAGGAAUUCUUUCAUGUCUGAACAGUCUGUACGAUCCACUUGGAUUUAUAGCCCCUGUGAUUCUGCAAGGCAGAUUCUUAUUUCGUGAAGUGAUAAACUUACCUGUUGGAUGGGACGACAUGGUUCCAAUGAAUAUCGCCAAUGGAUGGAAAACUUGGUGCAACACCUUACACCAUCUGUCGAGUUUACAGAUUUCUAGAACUAUCGUGCCAACUUCCCUGGGAGAAGACAAUCGAAAGGAGAUACACUUCUUCUCAGAUGCUUCCGAAAAAGCCGUUUGUGCAGUGGCUUACUUACGUGUGAUACCAAAUGACAAUGCAUGCAUACAGGUUGGAUUUUUGAUGGGAAAGUCAAAACUUUCACCCCAACAUGGUCACACUAUUCCCAGACUUGAACUGUGUGCAGCAGUUUUGUGUACAGAACUCGCAUCUUUUGUGCUAAAACACAUAGACACUACUAUCCAUGAAGUGAAGUUCUAUACAGAUAGUCGCAUAGUCCUUGGAUACAUUUAUAACCAAACCAAACGUUUCCAUACUUAUGUAGCUAACCGAGUACAGCGUAUCCGUCAGCACUCACCUCCAGAGCAGUGGAACUAUAUUUCAACUGAGGAAAAUCCUGCGGAUAUCGGGAGCAGAGGAAUUCUAGCGAAUGAACUACCUCACAGCAUGUGGCUUCAAGGACCUGUUUGUUUACAACAACAGAGUUAUCUAUUUGAAAAAGAGGAUUUUCCACUUAUUGACCCGGAAAGAGACAACGAAAUUAGAAACGCUAACAUUGUAGUACAGAAAACAUGUUUCAACGCCCAUGAAGUCUACAACAGGAUAGAUAGAUUUUCCUCAUGGACAUCCUUAGUCAGAGCAAUUACUGUUCUCCGAAAAGUUGUGAUGAAGAAACUUGGUUUACCAUUGUUGGAUCCUGUACACAUGAACCGUGCAACAGAACUGUUCCUAGUGAAACUCUGUCAAAAUGAAACAUUUUCUGCGGAAAUCACAAACUUGACCAAUGACAAACCAGUAUCUAAAGAUAGCUCGUUACGCUACCUGGAUCCUUAUCUUCAUGGUGGAAUCAUACGACUAGGAGGGAGAAUUCGUACUGGAGACGCCCUGUCUGACGAACACGGCCCAAUCAUUAUUCAUGGAAAAACUUACCUAGCUCGUCUUCUCGUUCUACAUUGUCAUGAAGUUGUGAAGCACCAGGGGAGACACUUAACUGAGGGAGCCGUUCGCUCGUCUGGAUAUUGGGUGAUUGGUGGAAAGAGAUUAAUAUCGUCAGUCAUACAUUCCUGUGUUACCUGCAGAAAACUCCGAGGUAAACUGGAACAUCAGAAGAUGGGAAAUCUUCCGGAAUGCCGUACAAAACCGUCACCUCCAUUUACCUAUGUGGGCGUGGACACAUUCGGACCCUGGGAGAUUGUUACGCGCAAGACCAGAGGAGGUUCGGCUAAUAGCAAACGCUGGGCUAUCUUAUUCACCUGUCUGACAAGUCGAGCCGUACAUAUAGAGCUAGUGGAAGAUAUGUCAUCACCUAUGUUUAUCAACGCCCUCAGACGUUUCAUAGCCAUAAGAGGAAAAGUUACAGAAUUUCGCUCGGAUAGAGGUACAAACUUUGUCGGCAGUACAGACGCACUAGGAAUCACUGCAGUCAACAUAGAAAGUUCACCAGUAAAGAAGUUUCUUACAGACAGUGGAUGUUCUUGGAUCUUCAACCCUCCCCACUCUUCCGACAUGGGAGGGGUGUGGGAGAGGAUGAUUGGCAUUGCUCGACGGAUCUUGGAUUCUAUGCUUCUUAAGGAAAUAAAGAAAAACCUUACACACGAUGUAUUAAAUACUCUCAUGACGGAAGUUACUGCAAUUAUAAACAGUCGACCGAUAGUACCUGUAUCAACCGAUCCAUCUCAACCCUGUGUGCUAUCUCCAUAUACCUUGUUAACACAGAAGACAGAACUCGACGUUGGACCAUUUGAGCGAUUUGAUACGAAGGAUAUGUACAAGUCCCAUUGGAAAUACAUACAAAUCUUAGCUGACCAUUUUUGGAGGAAGUGGCGCUCACAGUACCUCCAGUUGUUACAGUCAAGACGCAAGUGGGUGGACCCUCAAAACAAUCUUACCGAAGGUGAUGUCGUACUCUUGAAGGAUCAAGACUCCGUCAGGAAUGAAUGGCCGAUGGGUAUUGUUGUCCGUGUCUUUCCAGGUGAAGAUGGAAAAGUGCGUAAAAUCGAACUCCGUGUAGUGAGAAAUGAUCGUGUCGUCAACUACGUUAGACCUGUUACAGAAGUGGUUUUGCUGUUUUCACCAUAG